CUGUGACAUCAGUUCAGACAAACAGACCACAUUUCUUCGAAGUUCUUUGCGUAAGCUUGGAUACUCGUUGGAUUUGCUUCUCCAAAACAAUCUUCUUCAUUUAGUGGCCAUAUUACGGACAUAUUAAAACGAACGAGACGAAAGGUCCCAUAACAAGAUGAUUACUACCUCCUGACGAUGUUGUUCUCCCUCAUACAACUCCUGUUACCUCCAAGAUGAUCUGGGUUUUAUUCUUCGUCUCUUUGGUCGGGUUUGGAGUUGCAAAUGACACAAAACCAAGAGACUGCCGCAAGCCACUUGGUAUGGUCAGUGGGGCCAUCCUCGAUCAACAAAUCCAAGCAGCUUCAGUGUAUAACAACGAGACGACCUACGGUCCAUCAUUUGCUAGACUUGGUUUCCCUGGUGGCGGGUACCGGGCUGAUCCUAAUGCUGAUCAGGCUUGGAUCAUGGUCAUAUUUACCAAGCCCACCAUUAUUACUGGCAUAGCGACCCAAGGGUUUGGUGAUGAGAGGAUUCAAGAAUGGGUUGACAAGUUUUGGCUUGGGUAUUCGGAUGGAGCAGUGAAUUCGUACUUUAAGGAUGUUAAAGGUGGAAAACAAGCAAAGCAAUUUGAUGGUAAUAAGGACAGCAACAGCAUUGUUCGUAACGACAUGCCGGUGCCUGAGUCUGUCAUCACCAUAAAUAUCAUGCCUAUCAAGUGGAACAAGAACUUUGCUAUCCGCUUCGAACUGUAUGGCUGCUUGGCAGAUGGAUACGAGUGUUUGAGCACUCCAUGCCAGAAUAAUGGUACAUGUGUGGACAUGGUUGCCAGCUAUCACUGUAACUGUACAGAAGGAUUCAAUGGUACUAACUGUCAAUACAAUAUAGACGACUGCGCCAGCUCUCCAUGUAAACAGGGUGGCAACUGCACCGAUCUUAUCAACGACUUCUCUUGUGACUGUCCUCCUGGUUACACCGGCAAAACCUGCAAUAUAGACAUCAACGAGUGCCUUAGUUCACCCUGUCAACAUGGUGGAUCCUGUAAAGAUGUUGUCAAUGGAUAUGAAUGUACUUGUGUUCGAGGCUUCGGAGGGAAAAACUGCGAGGAAGAAACCGGAUUUUUCUUAAUUAUUUGGCUUCAAAUAAAAGGCAAGACGUUCACCAUGGAUUUCAUGGACAGGAGUUCCGCUGCAUUCAACACAAAUGCCUUCCAGGCUAAACAACAAAUCACCUCGAUGAUGUCUCUAGAUGAAGGAUUCUUGUCCUCCGAUGUAAGACGCUUCAGUCCAGACAGCUUUCUUGUGGUAGAGGUUUUGAUUGAAUGCCUUAGGAAUAGUACUGGCCGUAUCAUGGACAGCAUGGAAAGAAAUAUUGUCAAUGGAGCUGGAAUCUUUAAAAAUGAUUACAUCAAGUUUGGAGACACAGUAAAUCUAUAUUGUAAGCCACCCGAUGUCAAGCUACCAUUCCUAAAGACACUACAGCAGGCCACCCACAUCAGUCGACACAUGACCUUCACCGUCUCCAUGACAACUGAUUUAUCAUGUGUCGCAUCUAAUUACAUCGCGUCUUACAAAGCUGCUAUCUACUCUAUUAGCAAUGUCACUGGCUCUCUUCAAAAUGUAUACCAAACUUUUGGCAACUUAGCUCAGAAUGCAACAAUAUGGAAAAUUCCCGCCAAAACGCUUUCUUAUGGGAAAUAUUACGUCAAAGUGAUGUCAGUCAUCGAAAAUAAGCGAGGUGCACAGAGUAGUGACUUUGGCUUUAUUGUUGUGGGGGAGACUCCGCUGGUGUCUAGGAUUGCUGGCGCAAGCUUGGUAUACCAAGGAAUCAAGGAAAUUGUCUACCUUAAUGGUUCGGGUUCCUACGAUCCUGAUAUAGGACCUGGACAUUAUGAUGGGAUGGAGUUUAUAUGGUUAUGUAGGAGAGAUAAUGAAAGUUUUAAGGGUGACCCGACGUCACUUCCUGUUGUGACACCGUCGUCCAAUCAGAAUGCAGAUCUUGGUGGCUGUUAUGGAACGGGUAUUGGGAGACUGGAAUCGAGUCCAAUGGAAAACUAUUCUUCGGGACUGGAUAUCGAUAGAAUGGAGGGAAACACCAAGUACGUUAUAGCACUUCUGGUGAAGAAAGGAGAACGAAGCAAGUGGUCAGAGCAUUCUAUCUAUGUUAAGGAAGAAAUUGAUAUUGCACUGAAAUGCAUUCAGAACUGUCGCCAGAGAGUCAUUCCCUCGGGAAGACUCAUCAUCGAGAGGACCUGCGAGGGUCUUCUGUGCAACAAAAUAARCAGCUAUGCAUGGGACCUACAGUACCUCGACUCCAAAACACAAAAAUGGUUACUCGUACCCAAUUUUGCCGACUACAUUCUCACUUAYAUGAACUCUCCAAAUCUUGUUACGAAAGAGAGUCUCCUAAGAGGAAAUACGACCUAUCUCCUGCGCCUAACGGCAGAAGCUCCCGGGGGCAUCGCAGAUACGACGAGUUAUCGAUUUGUUACGAAUUCGCCUCCGACUGGAGGUACUUGUGACGUUGACUUGCAAGAAGGGGAGGCAUGGUUGACAUUUUUUAGUUUUACCUGUAGCGGCUGGCAAGAUGUAGAUUUGCCGCUGACCUAUAAGUUCAGGUAUAACACAAGUGAUGGAAUCGAGAUGGUGUUUUUCUCUGGGAGGUCUAGUUCAGCUCGAGUCAGACUGCCUGUUGGGGACAAAAUGGAUGAUAUGAAGCUUCACAUCCAGAUUCUUGUGUUGGAUUCCCUUGGUUCGGCUACUAGCUUCUGGCUGCAUGUCAGGGUCACUGAGCCCGUAAUGUCAAGCAUCUCCAUCGAGGAAGCCGUAGGUAAACAGGGCGAGAUGAAUCAGUACCUCCAAGACAAUAACAUCGAAUUGGCUGCCCAGCGUGCUACGUCUGUCCUGUCAGUUGUAAACAAUGCUUCUCCACAAGAAAUAUCACUGGUUAAAAAAAUAAAGAUAAAAGACGCUAUAGUCAAGGCCUGGUCAAAUGUUACUGUGAGCAACCUAGAGGAGAUAGGACAAGUAUCGGCAGUAAUUACUGGCGUCUCGGAUAAAAACGAUGAAGUAUCGUUUGAAUCCCAGAAAACAAUACUUACACUCCUUGGUAACAUGACAACCAUUUUGGAGUCAGAGGUUUCUAACAAAGCCAAAAAUGAUGGUAACGAGCAGUCGAUUCAAGGUGUUGGUUCCAGCCUACUGCACGGUGUUGGAAACUUCAUCGAAAUAGCAGCAAUAAAUGCAUCUCUAACAGAAAAGAAAACUGGGAAAACUAGACAACGGCGAGAUACAGAGAGUGAAUAUGGCAACACAGAGAGCAUAUCAAUGGUACAAAAAGCUGUGCAGUUGAUCGACCAGKUGGGGAGCAGUUUAGAACAAACAAAAGAACUGUACGAAAAACCUAGUGUCUUUAAGACGAAGUCACUAUCAAUGGUCAUCGAUAGACAGAAGCCAGAACUCAUUGGUGGAAAAACACUAAGAGAAGAAGGCAUGAUGAUAUCACUUCCGGCAGCUGAGGAAUUACUUAGGGGGGAGGACGCGGGGAAAGAGGAACAAAUUAGUUCUCAGUUAGUAUCGCUGACAGGGAAUCCAUUCACUUGGGACACCRGUGCACAACACGUCAAAUCUUCAGUUCUCGACUUUAAAUUAAGAAACGCUAAUGGAACUCACAUGGAAGUCAAUAACCUCAACAAGGACUUUGAAUUAUUCAUACCCGUAAAGAAUAGUGGUGAAUAUCCCCCUGAUAACGAAGAGUCAUACUUUGUAAAGCCAAGCGUGAAUGGAAGCAUGCAGUAUCACAUCAUCAACAUACCUGGAGACGAAUAUGCGGUGUCGAUCAAGAUAAAACCUUURUCAGCGGUUAACUUGRCAUUGUAYGUGCGCUAUGGCUCGAGACCGACAGUUCAUGAAAACAACUACACAGCGGUCGUACCGAACUUCGAGUCGUGCAACUUUACUAGACUUGAAGGCUUUCACAAUUGCACCUCUGAUCCUUAUACUGUUACCAUAUCAAGCGCCGUAACUGGUCAUAUGGGACUUCAUUACAUCGGCAUUUUAUACAAAAUUUUCUCAGUGACGUCAGAGAACAGGACAGAAGUGCGCAUGCGUGUAAGAAGGGAUUGUUUUUCAAAUGGUGGUCGUCAGAGGAGAUCGCUCUGUGUUGGUGUUAAAGACCCUCCUCCAACUGAAUCUACAACUGACAACCUUCUGCUAACAUAUGACCCACAUACUGAUGUGAAUUACACCAUGUCUGUUUCUAUAGCAACCUGUUUAUUUUGGAACACAACCCAGCAGAAAUGGACAUCAUAUGGAUGUAGAGUUGGAUCACGAUCAAGAGUAGRACUUCUUCACUGUCGUUGCAACCACUUGUCAUCGUUUGGCGGGAACUUUUUCGUCGCUCCAAAUCCAAUCGACUUCAACAAAGUCAAGCAGCGAUUCAUUGACUUUGACCCUGAGAAUUUUGUUGUAUUCUUUGUGGUGUUUGGUAUUUUUGGGCUUUACCUUGUGGCACUUGUGAUAGCAAGACGCGCCGACAGGAAGGACGAAGUCAAGGCAACAGAAACCCUUUGUUUGUCGUCAUCAAAURAACACCUUUUCGAGAUAUCAGUAUACACAGGGAUGUGGCGAAACAACGGCACAACUGCUAACGUAGYAGCAAUAGUCUAUGGACAGAAUGGACAAAGUGACGUCCUUCCACUCAAUGAUAGAUACAGCAAGCGAAAACUCUUCGCCAGGGCAAGCGUCAAUGUCUUCAUGGUCUCGUUACCAGACACUCUCGGUCCGAUGGUAGGGAUUAAGUUAUGGCAUGACAACGAGGGUUCCAGUCCCUCCUGGUACAUCAAYCAGAUUGUAAUCCGGGACUUAGAGAAUGACGUCAAAACGUACUUUGUAUGUAAUCGUUGGUUGGCUGUCGAUAAGGAAGAUGGUGAAGUCCAGGCUACUUUCGGUGUCUCUUCAAAGGAAGAACUUUCUAGCUUCAAAUACCAAUUUUACUCCCGCAUUUCAAAAAGUCUGGGUGACGGCCAUCUUUGGUUAUCAGUAGUCACCAGGCCUCCGCAUAGCCCGUUCACGCGUUCGCAGAGAGUAUCUUGUUGUUUAUCUGUCCUGUACUGUGCUAUGGUUGCGAGUGCUAUGUUCUAUCAGUUUGGAGAGAAGACGAAAGACACUAUUAAAUUUGGACCUUUGCGGUUAAGCGUCAAGCAGUUGAUGAUUGGCGUCCAGAGUGCUUUGGUCGUGGUUCCAAUCAAUAUCCUUAUCGUUACUAUUUUUAGAAACGUCAAAUUCUCCAAUAAUAUCAAUAAUCUCCGGCGAAAUUCUUACUUGCCUCAAGAAAAGAACGAAAAAUCUAAACAGAAAACUCCGGGAUGCUUGCCUCACUUCUUUGUUUACAUCGGAUGGUUUUUAUGCAUGGCGUCUGUAAUUACUGCAGGAACUUUCACCAUUAUUUACAGUCUCUCUUGGGGCGGGGAAACAUCCAACCAAUGGCUGACGUCGAUUUUGAUUGCGUACGUACAAGAUAUAGGUGUAAUUCAGCCCAUCAAAGUUGUUUCCUUUGCGGUUAUUCUCGCUCUUAUAAUCAAAAAACCUGUCGAGGAGAAGACUUCUCAUUCAAUGAAAAAGGCGGAUCUAGAAGUCAAUACCAAAGUGACCAUCGUUCCACCCGAGGGGGAAAAGCUCGAAGAAGCGCGCACUUAUAGAAAAAAUAUCGUGGAAACGUUAAGAGCUGUUGGAGAGAUUGUGUUCUACCUCAUGUUUGUGACCUGUUUAAUGGUGUUCGUGUAUGGCAAUCGAGGGUAUGAUCGGUACCGACUAACCAAGUCUAUUGAUGAUAUUUUCACCUCAUCCUUCAAAGAGAUUUCAUCCAGUCAAACAUUGUGGGAAUGGUCGAGAACAAGUCUGUUACCAGGUUUGUACGAUACUACAUGGUACAGGCCAGGAGGACCAAGGAUGACCGAGGGAUACAUCUCGAGUAAGGAAGCAUUUCUUGUUGGUAUGCCUAGGUUUAGGCAACUGCGGGUCAAAACAGAGUCGCCUUGUGAAGUUGAUAACUAUUUUCCCUGGAGUGGGUUUCAUUUCAACCGUUGUAUCCUGCCAUACGAACCACAAAACGAAGACAGGACUCCUUACAACUUUCCACGAUGGGUUCCAGUCAAAAAUAUUAGCACUUAUGGAUCACUGUUUGAUUUAAUGAGACUCUGUCCAAAACCAUGGAGGUACAAAUCCUCCAAGGAACUGAAUACAUUUGACAUCCAAGGGGUAAAUGGAGAGUACGAUGGGGGUGGGUAUGUGGCAGAUUUGGGCUAUAACAUGGAAACAGCCUUGGGUGUCAUCAAUGAUUUACAGUCAGACAACUGGAUCGAUAGACAAACAUCUCUGGUCAUCUUAGAAUUCACCGUAUUUGAGCCAACUAGUUCGCUUUUCAGCCAUGCAAAGUUUAUUUACGAAGUCUCUCCUUCAACUGGUAAACCAAUCCUGUCAGUUAAAAUAGAGACGCUAUCAUUGUACGAAAGCCCGAAUUCAUCCCUCAGAUCUGUGAUGUCAGUCGUGCAAAUUCUUUUACUGGUAUUUAUCUUUGUCUAUUUGAUUUCCGAGGUUGGAAAGAUAAUGGAAUUGCGAUGUAAAUACUUUGCUUCGUUUUGGAACUGGUUGAACAUUGUGCAACUCCUUUCUGCUUCAACGGCGGUUGUCCUAUUCUUCUUCAAGGCAAAUUACGUAUCUAGGUUUAUCAAACAAAUCCAGUCCAACCCCUACCAGACGACCAGUAUGGACUACGUUCUCCUGUGGUGUAACCUAGAGCUCUAUAUCAUCUCUGUCGUCAUUUUUGUGGUAACCAUCAAGUUUUUAAGGCUCCUGAGAUUCAAUCGCCAUAUUUGCCAAAUGACAGCCUCGAUAACACAUUCCUCCGGACAUAUUACUACAUACACUUUUAUUUUCCUGAUAGACAUGCUUGCGUUUGGGAUUCUCGGUGUUUUAGUGUUUGGUCACACUGUCAAGGAAUACUCAAGCUUGGUAGAAUCCCUUAGUUCAUUGUUCCAGAAAUUUCUAGGUGGAGAAAUGAUAUUUUACGACCUUUUGUCCACAAACCGCAUUAUUGCGCCUCUGUUCGUGUUCCUCUACAUGCUGAGUAUGACAUUUAUAUUGGUCAACAUGUUCGUAGCUAUCUUAAACGAUUCAUACGAAAGUGUCCGCCAUAUUUCUGGAGGGAAGUUUCCCGAUUCUGACCUUGGUAGUUUCAUGAGAGAGUAUUAUCGGAAACGAUUCCGAGGGACCCAUGACAUCCUGAAACGCAAGCUGGGAAGGUUUGGGUACCGAGCCAAAAAAUACGACCCCCAAAAKGAAGAGAUAAGGGGAUCACACGAGGAGGACAAUUGUAUUAGCUAUACCUCGCUAUCAUCGCAGGAAUUUUCUUCUCAUGUGAAUCUUGGUUUUUCGUCUGAGUCCCUUGCAUGUCCCAUUAGACGCGAAGAUCUCGUUCCUAAGGAACUUCAACCUAAACCAGCAGACACACCAGAAAUAUCAUUCCCAGUAACAGAAGCAGAGUCGUUAGAUUCCAAUGAUGUUGCCAUGGAGACUGCUACCACGGUUUCUAUUGCCACAACCAGCACAACACCAGAGCUUCUUGACCUCAUAUCAGAAUUGCCAGAGUCAUUAGUAGACGAUGAAGACACUGUUGACAUCGUGAGAGAAAAGCUCUCCAAUGUGGGAGCGAUUUUGAGACUGUCAAAACGAACAUAUAGGAGAUUCUCGACCACAGGCGAUAAGUUUGUGGUGGAAAGAGAUUUCAAUAUCAAACCUGCGGUACAAAUAUACUUUACUCCAGAAACUCAUCGAAAACACAAAGUCACUCUUUUUUAACUAGGCUCAAUGUGGCAAAAGAAAUAUAUCAGACAUGGGAAAGAUUGUGAACUUUUAUUAACCAUGGACCGUUAUAACCCACAAAAACAACUGAUCUUACUGACUAUCAAUUURUUCAUGCAUCUCCACGUUUAGUGUUUCCAACUGCUUUUCCCUUACUAAUGUAAGGAAGCAAUUGAGCGAUCCUAUGCAAACAAAAGCUAUUUUUUGAAAAGAAGAAGAAUAAAAUAAAAAAA